ACGCCGCGGGUAAACAACCGGGCGGGGCGCGGGACUACAGCUCCCAGGCGCCCCCGCGGCCGCGAUGACGUCACUUCCGCCGCCGCCGCGCUGCCCUUCGGGCCGCGUAGUCCGCGGCGCAAAGCACGCCGGGAGCUGCAGUCCCGCCGCCCGCCCCGCGCCGUCCGCUCGCCCUUCGCCGCCGCCGCCGCCGCCGCCGCCGCCGCCGCCGCCAUGAUCCGCGCCCGCCAACUCCUCCGCCUCGCGGCGCUGCCGCCGCCCCGCGCCCGCUCCUACGCCGAUGCUGCGGCCGGGCCCGCGGCCAUGGCCUUCACCUUCGCCUCUCCCACGCAGGUGUUCUACAACGGUACCACCGUGAAGCAGGUGGACGUGCCCACCCUGACCGGCUCCUUCGGCAUCCUGGCCUCCCACGUCCCCACGCUGCAGGUCCUGAAGCCGGGCGUGGUGACGGUGUACGCCGAGGACGGCACGGCCACCAAAUACUUCGUGAGCAGCGGCUCCGUCACGGUCAAUGCAGACUCCACAGUGCAGGUGCUGGCGGAGGAGGCGGUGACGAUGGACAUGCUGGAUCUGGCUACUGCAAAAUCAAACCUGGAGAAGGCCGUUUCAGAGAUGGCUGCAGCCUCCGACGAAGCUGCUAGGGCCGAAGCCCAGAUUAAAGUGGAAGCCAACGAGGCCCUCGUCAAAGCCUUGGAGUAACGGAGGAAUCCCACUGACGCUCUAGAAAAACCCCAGACUGUCCUCCUUGUUCUGGCUUCCCCGUUUGUACAGAUGGUGUGGGACAAACGGAGGCGGAGAAGCGGCUCUGAUCAAUUAAAAGGAAAUGCAGUCCCA